AAAUUAGUAAGGAAGAAUUAUUGGCGGCGCAAGAUUUUGUGAAAAUCGUAAUAGAUCGUAGCCAGGAUGUAAGAGAUCGUGCAAACGACAAUUGGUGAGGACAUGUCGGACCGAAGGCUGGACUUAUAAGCGAUCUUAUUACCGGCGCGCCGACCAACAGUCGAAGAUCGUACGCGACUUUGCAAGGAUGGAUCGAUGGGCAGGAAAGGUAGCUGUCGUCACUGGCGCGAGUGCUGGGAUAGGUGCAGCGAUCGCCAAACAAUUGGUUCGCAAUGGCAUGCUGGUAGCAGGCCUCGCUCGAAGGCCAGAGAAAAUCAAAGAACUAGCCGAGAGCCUGGAAGACUGGCCAGGAAAACUCUACGCGGUCGAAUGCGACGUUUCCAAAGAGGAGAGCGUCACGUCCGCGUUUGCAUGGGUGCAGGAGAAUUUGGGAUCAGUGAAUGUGCUGGUCAACAACGCUGGCAUGACCAAGGAAUCUUCCCUGAUAGAUGGCACCCUAGAGGAUUGGCGUGUCGUAUUCGAUGUGAACGUGCUCGGAUUGUGUCUUUGCACACGAGAAGCGGUUCGAGCGAUGCGAGAGACUGGUGAAGAGGGUGUCGUGAUAAACGUGAACAGCUACGCAGCGGAUAGAGUGCCCUUCAUACCUGGUUUCUCAGUUUAUCCAGCUUCAAAGAGGUCUGUGACCGCUCUGGCCCAAACGCUUAGACACGAACUCACGGGAACACGGAUACGCGUCACGAGUAUCAGUCCGGGACUGGUCGCCACAGAGCUGAUGGCCUCCUACAGUACAUUCUCGGGCGAGGCGUUAGCUUCUUUGCCUACUCUCGACCCUGAAGACGUGGCUGCUGCUGCCGUGUACAUUUUGUCGAGCGAAUCCCAUGUUGUUGUUCAGGACAUCGUUCUGCGUCCCCUAGGCGAAUCCUGGUAACAAACUCGUCGAACUUCACUCUGUACAUCGCUAUCGAGUUUGCGCUAUUAUUAGAAUUACUAUGCCGAUUAUAAUACGAGCGAUAUAAUAACAAUGUUUAUUUAUGUACGCGUAUAAAAGGCGCGUUCACUCGUUAUCGUUGCUUCCACGAUUGCGCUACCCACAUGGCCUGUGUUUAUUUUAUCUUUAACUUGUCGACUUUGUCAUUCUCGUUUCGCUGACAACAACAGCUGACGUUUACGUCGCGUAACCUAUAUCGCUGUGUUUUUAUUCAGCGCAAAUAAAUCGUCCAGUUUUCGAAUGGUAA